UGUUAGAUAACAUGUAUGCGGCAGCUGUAACUGUGAAUUAAUUAUCCCCAUGAUCUUUUUCGGUCUAGGCGCGUAGGGAUGAAGCCGAUCAAAAGACAACGUUUAGUCAAAGGACUGUAUACGCACCCCGUGUUCAUUAAUGUCGUGGAAGAUUAUCAACACUGAUUUAAGUACUCAUUUUAAAAGUCUAAGAUCAAGUCUAACAUCUAUCAGCUGCCUAUGAUCUGGUUUGAGUACCUGUUGUUAGACUGAUAAGACAAUAGCUUAUCGACACUGGCCAAGACUAACACCGGCAGUUUGACGUGGAUAACAUCAAUUAUUCAUCAUCAUCUGGUGAAAAAUUCUCUGACUUUGAUCAAAGAAAAACAAAGAAAAGGCAAAGAAAAACAAAGCAUUCAGAUAUUUUACUUAUAAUCCAUCAAAACAAUUUGUAAUUCAGCAACAUGUGUCAAUAACGAAGAGAAUAAUCUUGAGAGACUCCGUGUUUCUGUCUGUGAUGUUCAAGGAUAUCGUCACCAUGGUUACUUAUCUUCUUGCUGUUGUGUUGAUAGCAGGUCACUGCUGGUCAGCUGCAGCGUUGAGUGAAGAAACAAACAUGGAUACAAGAAAAGGCAUAUCAACACUGGAUCUGAUGGCAGAUAAACGAGUUCAGGUUUGUUCUCGUCAAAAGAGAACCUUAAGUUGCAGUCCAGGGUCAUCCAUUGCUGUGACGGGUGUGUUUUGGGGCAGGAGGUCAGCUGAUAUCUGCCCUUCUGAGGAUGGAGAUCCAGUUACAGAUUGCGGAACAGCACCUGAGACUCAGGACAUUGUAAAGAAAUCAUGUGAAGGAAUGGGAAGCUGUCUACUGGAAGGGAAGGCAAACUUACUUCAAAAAGACAAGCACUGCUAUGGCGUUAAUAAAUAUCUACUCGUAAACUAUACCUGUGUACCCAAAGACAAUGAAGUUAUUCUGUGUGAUUCAGAGAACACCAUGUUAUCUUGCCCGUCUGACUGGGUUGUUAGAGUGAACUCGGCCUUCUGGGGAAGAGAGUCCACAGAUAUCUGCCCAUCUGACAAAGGAAAAAUCAUUUGUCCAGGAGCUUCGGAGACAGUUUCAAAACUUCGUACAAACUGUAAUAAUAAUCCUGGGUGUGUAGUCAGAGCUCGAUUUAACGAGCUGCAAAAUGGAGGAGAGAAUUGCCCUCGUGUCAGCAAGUAUUUGAUAUUGAACUAUGCUUGUAGACCAAGUUCUGCUAUCGCUAGGCGAGGGAAUCUUGGCAGAAUUCCUCUCUCUCUUUACAGACGAUUAGGAUACCGUUCCAAGAUACCCCACCCACCAAAACCCUAUAUGCCUGAACCAUACCAUGAUGUAUCUGGGUUUAAUAAAGGCCGGGUAGAUGAGGCUAAUGGAUUGACUGGUGAUCUGAUUCGGUGCAUUUUACGAGCUUACAUGACCGAGCGAUUCAGACUGACAUCUUCAAUGGCUUCAAGGGUGGUUUCGUGUUUAUACAUUUUUGCCUUGGUUCACUUCACAUCCAGUCAAGGAAAUGUCCCAAGCAGUGACGGCGGAACAGGUUUAAGUCAAAUUGAUCUCGAGUCGGAUAAAGAUGUCACUAUAUGCACUAAGCAACGGAAGCCGUUAAGCUGCGCGUAUCCUGGGUCUAAUAUCGCCAUUACGAACGUGUUCUGGGGUCGAAGAUCAGCGAAUAUUUGCCCUUCUGAUGAUGGUGAUACUGUACUCAACUGUGAUACAGCUCCAGAAACACUGGGUAUCGUAAAAGCAAGAUGUGAAGGCAAAGAAUCUUGUGACUUGGAAGCAAAACACGCGUUGCUGCAAAACCCCAAUUCUUUGCACUGUCCUGGUGUAAAUAAAUACCUUAUCAUCAACUACACAUGCGUACCAGAUGCCAAGGAAGUCGUGCUUUGCGACUCUGAAAACUCCACACUUUACUGCCCUGCCACGUGGAAGAUUGGAGUCAAUUCGGUAUUCUGGGGAAGACAAUCAACGGUGGUUUGUCCAGCGGAAAACGGCCAAACGAUAUGCACGGGGGCCACUGAGAGUCUCGGGAUUGUCAAAAAGUCAUGUGAUGGUUUGACUCGAUGUGAUGUGCACGCAGCAUAUGAUCAGGUUCAAAAUGGCGCUGAAAACUGCCCAGGGGUUGCCAAAUAUCUUAUUAUUAACUACAGUUGUAAGCCACAUCCAAACAUUGAAACUGAAGAUGACUUCGAAGUCAAACAGUCCGAGUCUGUAGAACAGGAUAAACAGGAAGACAAACCAGUUAAACCAGAAGCGGAAAAACAUGACGAUCAGCCAGAGAAUGUGGCAAAGGCUCUUAAACAACUAGACGGAGAUCCAAAGAGUAUGGUUGAAAACCCUUCUGAGGGGAAAGAAGAUCUGAAUAUUGGUAGACUGGGAAUGGGUGGACUAAAGGCUCUGGAGAAAAUCAACAAUUUAAUCAAAGCAUCUGCUGAAGCACAAGGUGGAGACGAGUCGAUGAUAGAAAACGGUCUGACCGAUGAGCAGGCACAAACUAUUGAAAGAAUGAUAAUUGAAGGAAUUAAGAAUAUCAAAAACAAAACAAGCGUGGGAACUCGAAAGGCAUCCAUUCCCAGGAAAAUCGUUGAGCACAAACAACAACCGCUAGUAAAACCUGGACAGGCAGAAGUCAAGGAUAAUACUAGGAGCAACAUAGAUACUGCAUCUGCUGCUGACCUCAAGCAGAAGGUAAAAAGUACAUUGUACAGACUUGACAAUGGCAACACUAAACCCUCGACCAUCAAAGGCUUGAGACAUCGCAUCAUGGAAAAUGCUUCAAAACGUAAUCUAAACUUGAAUGCUAAUCAAGGAGUCAGGAAUGUACCUUUCAUGCGCAAUAACCAACAUAACCUUCCCCCACAGUCUCCUCAUGUACGUAAUCUUGGUGUUGGGAAUGCAGGCGCGGGCAAUCAGCCUUGAUGACGUAACACUUUCCGGACAAACCUGUAAUCAAGUUUUACCAUUGCUGCAAAGGAUCAACGUUUUAAUGAAAUACUUGGUUAAGCUUUAAGUCAACAAUCGUGCAAAUGCGAUUCUGGACACUGAAAAGGGURUUGUGCCCUGACCAUACCAAGUAUUGGCUAUUCAGAAAAUCGCACCUUGAGGAAAUAAUCACUACGUUUUUUAUAAAGAUAUAAUCAAAUUAUUAAUUUUAAUUUGAGAUGUUCGUUGUAAUAAAAAUUAUUUUGGUUGAUCGGAUGGCGAGAGGAAAAUUAGGAUUAAAUUUUGUAAGCAGACGACUAGGUUCUUGUGUAAAUAUGCGAACAUGUAUUUAAAUUUUGUGACAGAGUAACAGAAUGAAUGCUGAUUAUUAAACUAAUAUUUGUUAUU